ACAAAUAGCAUGCGUUGCGGUGACGGACCUCUACUCUCCGAUCUCAGGACCUUCUUUGGAACUUGUUCAAAUAUAUUCCAUCUCCUCCAAAACGGUACAUUAUGCAUGUCACAACUUUGAGGGUGGUUUUGCCUCGAGAAUUAUUCAAUUGUUGACCACCAAGGACUUAAAUUUUAUCACGUUUCUAAAUUUAAAGAAUUUAUUAGUUGGGUCAUCAAAAUGAAUUGGGGAAAUUUAGUGCACCAAGCUCUAUUAUUAUGAGCAGUGAAAAGAGUAAAUCAACAAAAAUUUAUUAUAUGAAGUGUUAUUUUACAUUUUUGCCCAAAGUGGGUACUAUAUGUUUUCCAAAUAUUGGGGAGGAGUGAUAUUCAUUUCAAUUUUAAGUGCCUUCUAUUCAUUUUCCUUUUGAGUGCUUGUAUGAAAAUUUUGUUGGAAUAAGCUUUUAUUCUCUUCGAUCGCUUUUACUUGUCUCAAAUUUUCUAAUUAUAUUUAUACUUUUACUGAUCACUUUUGACAUAUUGAGAAAAAACAACCUUUUUUUUCCUAUUUUACCUUUAGUAUUAAUUAUUUUUUCUCCAAAUUAAUUUCAAUAUACAAUAUAAAUAUCAUUUAAUAGGUUAUUAUGGUAAAAUGGUCAUGUCAUUACUUAUUUUUCUGUGUCAAGUUAAACUGUGACAAGUAAAAAAAAAGAAAUGUAUGAAUAGGUUGGAAAUUCAACACCUACUAUAUACAUAUACAUGCAUAAAAAUGACUUUGAUCUAGAGUAUACAGUAAGAUUUUCUAGCAGAGGAUUCGGAUCCUUGCGCCUCUUAGCUCUGCCCUUAAAGGAGUAGCAACUAAAAUGGUCAAUUAUAAUGAAACCUUUGUGAAACGUGUACAAUGAUCAUGUUAAACAGUCCAUGGAAUAAGAAAGUAAAAAUUAUUGGUCAGAACAGUAAAGUGUUUAGGAAAACAGCAAGUGAGUUGAAAACAAUAAAGUACUCGAUGGAUCAUGACACAAAAGACAAGUAGUUUAACUUUAAGAACUAGGAAUCUUGACGUUUAAGGAAGCUUUGCAAGUCGACCAUCCCCAUAAAACAGAUUAGUUAAUUGGCUAUAUCCCAUUUGACUAAGUUUGUUUCCAACACAUGUCAAGAAAAAUUCAGCCCUUUACAAUAUGCACUAACCAACAAAUCUUCUAAGUAGCUCAUUUUCCUCUACAACUUUUGGAGAAUACUAAAGUAAUUAAUACUGGUUUUUUUUUUUUCUGAGGCCAAGCAUAUGGCAUAUGCGUUGAUAGGAUGUGCUGCAAUUGUCCUCCUUUCCUUCUACUUUGGCUUUCUUGAUUUUCAUUCCUUUGGUUAUGGUUUCGGUCCUUGCUUGUACAUUACACCCUCAGAGUUCUUAUGUACUAUCAUUUUCUUCUUCUUGGACUUGGGGAUCUUUUGCAUUAUUGAACUCCUUUUCAUUAAGGUCUUUGGCAAGUUAUGAAGAGAAAGAUCAGCAUUUGCAUGUAGUUGGUCUAGUUCUUUUCAAUAACUCAUUUCAUCAGAAACUAGGAGCAAAAGACUCACUAUCUAAUCGACCUCUCGGAGAAGGAGUUGAAGAUAUUUGGAAGGAGGAAAUGAAUGAAGGAGAAGAGCAUAGUGAUGAAACGACUGGAUUAAUUAAAAGGUAUAACAGGUUGGAAAGGCUUAAGGCCAUUUUAGCAAAAGCAAGGUCAUCCAUAAGAGAAGCUGCUAGAAAUGCCAGCAUGAUAUUGAAUCAUCAAGAUCCGGAUUAUGCUCCUCAAGGUCCUAUCUAUCGUAAUGCAAAUGCCUUUCACAGGAGCUAUCUUGAAAUGGAAAAUAACUUCAAAUUAUAUGUGUACGAGGAAGGUGAACCUCCAAUAUUCCACAAUGGUCCAUGUAGGAGUAUAUAUUCAACAGAGGGAAGGUUCAUUUAUGAAAUGGAAAAGGGAAAUAUGUACAGAACAAAAGAUCCAGAGGAGGCCUUGGUGUAUUUCCUCCCAUUCAGUGUGGUUCUAAUGGUUAGAUACCUAUACGUCUCUGGUGCACACAUGCAUGCCAUUGGUAGAACAGUUGCUGACUAUAUUCAUGUCAUCUCUUCAAGAUACUCCUUCUGGAAUACAAGUUUUGGUGCUGAUCACUUCAUGCUCUCUUGCCAUGAUUGGGGGCCACACACGACUUCAUACGUGCCACAUCUCUUCAACAAUUCAAUAAGAGUUCUAUGCAAUGCUAAUACAUCGGAAGGGUUUAAUCCUCAGAAAGAUGUAUCAUUAGCCGAAAUUAAUCUCAAGACAGGUGAUAUAACAGGACUCACUGGAGGUCCAUCUCCAUCAAGACGAUCAACUCUUGCUUUCUUUGCUGGUGGUUUACACGGUGCCAUAAGGAAUGAACUGAUGCAACAAUGGAAAGGAAAAGACCAAGAUGUUUUGGUUUACGAAAAACUUCCUCCAGGAAAAUCUUAUGAAUCCAUGUUGAAGAACAGCAAGUUUUGCCUGUGCCCGAGUGGCUAUGAGGUUGCAAGCCCGAGAGUUGUUGAAUCAAUCUAUGCAGAAUGUGUUGCCGUGCUGAUUUCAGAUGGUUAUGUACCACCAUUUAGUGAUGUCCUGAACUGGAAUGCUUUUUCUGUGAAGGUGGAUGUGAAAGACAUACCGAAUAUCAAGAAGAUAUUGAUGAGCAUUUCUCAGAGUCAGUACUUGAGAAUGCACAGGAGAGUGAAGCAAGUUCAAAGGCAUUUUAUGAACAAUGGAUCCCCAAAAAGAUUUGAUCUUUUUCACAUGAUUGUUCACUCCAUUUGGCUAAGAAGAUUGAAUAUAAGAGUUCAGGAUUAAGCACUUCAAUGUAGGUGACAGGCUGGAAAUCCUGCACAAGUGAUCAAUUUUGACCAUUUGUGGUUGAUUUCUGCUUUCUGACACACUUGUUUUGCCUUUUGCACUCAAGUCUUGUAAACUAGUGCUCUCAAUUUUGUUGGAUUAGAUGUGCACUGGCAAAAUAAUAAAGCCUGCAUCUUCAAGUCUAUUUUCAGGUUUUACUUAAUGCGAUCUAAAGAAUCAGGCAAGAUAUAGAUCUAUGUAUUCACAUCUUUGUAGCAACUGAAAUGUUUUGCGUAAAAGAAAAAAUAAAGGAAAUGGAA